AGACGUGUCUUUCAGUUUCAGUCAGAGCAUCCUUCCGUUAUGGCGUCCGUUUGGGCUAAAUCCCUCUCCAACCUGCCGGUCCUGUCUGUUUUCGUCCUCUUGCUGAUAUGUCUGCCACCCGGGGGGGGACAAAAGAAGAAGGAGAACAUGCUGUCAGAGAAGGUUGAACAGAUGAUGGAGUGGUCCUCUCGGCGUUCGGUCGUCCGGAUGAACGGGGACAAAUUCCGUCGCUUCGUCAAGGCCCCACCCAGAAACUACUCCGUCAUCGUCAUGUUCACCGCCCUGCAGCCUCAAAGGCAGUGUUCGGUCUGCAGGCAGGCGAACGAGGAGUAUCAGGUCCUGGCAAACUCGUGGCGUUAUUCAUCGGCAUUUUCCAACAAGCUCUUCUUCACCGUAGUGGACUACGAUGAGGGAGCUGAUGUUUUCCAGCAGUUGAACAUGAACAGCGCUCCAACCUUCAUGCACUUCCCGGCCAAGGGAAAGCCCAAGAGAGCCGAUACGUUUGACCUGCAAAGGAUCGGCUUUGCUUCGGAGCAGCUGGCCAAGUGGAUCGCAGACCGCACAGAUGUUCAGAUCCGUGUCUUCCGCCCUCCUAAUUAUUCAGGCACCAUUGCUUUGGCUCUGCUGGUGUCCCUCGUUGGAGGUCUGUUGUAUCUGAGGAGGAACAACUUGGAAUUCAUAUACAACAAGACUGGAUGGGCUAUGGCUGCACUGUGUGUCGUUUUUGCGAUGACAUCUGGUCAGAUGUGGAAUCACAUCCGAGGUCCUCCCUACGCCCACAAAAAUCCCCAGAAUGGACAAGUGAGUUACAUUCAUGGCAGCAGUCAGGCUCAGUUCGUGGCUGAGUCUCACAUCAUCCUUCUUCUGAAUGCUGCAAUCACCAUGGGGAUGGUGCUGCUAAAUGAGGCUGCCACCUCCAAGGGAGAUGUUGGCAAGAGGAGAAUCAUCUGCCUGGUUGGCCUUGGCCUGGUGGUGUUUUUCUUCAGCUUCCUGCUCUCCAUUUUCCGGUCCAAGUACCAUGGAUACCCCUACAGCUUCCUGAUUAAGUGACAAAAAAGACAGAAGAGGAGGUUCGCGGCUGGAAACGAAGCGAGGCGAGGUUAGAAGAAGUAAACCGGAUACUUGAAGAGAAAGAGGCUCAAUAUUGAGUCUAGAGUGCACGGUGGGGUUUCUUUCUCUGAGUGCUGUUUUUUUCAUCAACUCCUGUCAUGAACUCUGCUAGUUGAAUAGAGAAUAAAUUAUUCCUUCUCACAAUGGAAAAUAAAAGUGUCUGGCAUGUUUCUGUUUUUUUGUCAUUUUUCAACAGUCCCCUUUCGCUGAUUAAAUAUUCCCUGUGGCUAGAAAUACCCGUGACUGCUGUGCUGUGUUAGAUCUGUGUACUGUAUUUCAUUUAUUUAUUCUGACGGCGUUGCAGGGGAAGGGAGAUAGGAUGAUGGUUUACGUGGUGGGAAGUUAGUUUAUUCUGUAGUUAGCGGGAAAAGCUUGGUGUCAAAUCUCUUCCAAUGUCCUUCUCACGCUGUCUAGACGUUGUCUAAUGGUGACGACGUUAAUCAAGCUUUCAGAUAUAAAGAUGCUGAACCCAGCUGGCUCAGUCAGACUCGGUUUCACGGUUCGACCCGUUUUGAAUUGAUAAGUCUAAAAAUAUAAAUGGCUCAAACGUUAAACAGUGGGCCGAUUCAUCCACAUGAGGACUGAAUCCAAUCAGGUAACGCAGGUCUCUGGCUUUUUCUCUCUGAGGAUUCACACCCUUCUUGCCAACCUGGCAUCUUCAAUCUAAUGCAAGAGAGUAGUACAUGAACUGAGUUUAUAGAAGGCCGGCUGCGAGUGCUGUAACUUUCCUUGCUGAAUGUGAGGACCAGAGGUAAUUUUUGAGAAUACGUACAUCUCUAAUUCUCUAAAGCAUUGGAACCAUUUAUGUAACCCUUCCAUGCGUGUGUAGACAGAGAAAUGGUGCCGCACAAAGACCAGUUUUGGCAAAUGUAAUAAAAAUAUUCCCCCUCAGA